CAGAUUCGCCGCCUGGGAAACUGAAAGAAAGUCCUCGGUCAACCGGGAACCAUUGAAAUCAAGCUACUUUGAACUUACGAGAAUAUUCUGCGAGUUAGUCAGAAAGGAAGAAAAAGAUCUGACCAUUUUGGAAAUUGGCUGUGGCGGAGGAGUAAACCUGCAGUUCUUUCCUCCGAACAGCUCUUUGCUGAUGCUCGACAUCAAUCCCCACUGUGAAAAGUACCUCCGAGAGAACCUGAAGAAACAUCCGCACCUAAAUCUACGAGAGUUCAUCUGCGGGUCUGCCGAGAACAUUCACCAGGUGCAGUCAGGGUCUGUGGAUGUUGUGGUCAGCUCGAGGACGCUCUGUUCGUUAGACGAGUCCAAAGCAUUGAAGGAAAUUUUCCGAGUUUUAAAACAUAAUGGAAAACUUGUUUUUGAGGAACACAUUAUAUCUUCGUCCAGGACCUGGAGAAUAAUUCAGCAAUUUUUAUCAAUUUCUAAAAUUUCCAAAACUCUCUGUUUCGGCUGCAGACUCAACAAAGAAAUAAUAAGUGCCAUCAGCCAGGCCGGAUUUCACAAAGUGCAGCACAAAAGGAUUGACCAGAGUUUCUCGUUGGCAGGCCAACUGCAGCCCUACGUAGUCGGAACAGCGACCAAACCAUGAGCUUAUCAUUAAAAAUGGAAGAAUUCAAUUUCGAAAGUGAACUUUUUGAAAGUGAAAAGCCUGACCCGCUUUUGAACAAGGAAAAACCUCAGUUUAGACCGUUAUACUUUUUCCCCAAAGACUACGAAAGCAUCAAAGAUCUCGAUGAAAAAUUCAAGUCGGACCCGAAGUUGUUGAAGCAAUAUGCAGACUAUCUUUACUUCAAAGGCGAGUACACCGCCGCGCUUGGCGUUUACAAAGAGCUGGAAAGUUUGUACCGAGGAAACUCUUUCAUGACAAAGUGUGUGCAGGAAAGUGCAGCGUGGUGUUUGGCUAAAUUGGGUCGGUGUGACGAGGCUGAGACUUUAGUUCAAGGAUUGCAGCCCGAUGCCAACACAUACGAAAGCAAGCACGGACUGGAAUUCUUCUUGAGCAAAAUAAAACACUGAUAAAUUUCAGUUUACAUCCA